UCUUUGAAAACAAUCAAAUCCAACGGUUGAGAUUCAGUCUUCUCUUUGACUUGCUCGAUCCUUUACAAUUAUUUUUAACACUAUAUAAUUCUCCUAUUUCUUUCUCCCUCUUCCUUCAUUUCUCUCUCCUCUUUUUUUUACAGUUUCGAAACGUUUCGAUUUUCUGGGUUUUUUUUCUUCUUGAAUUUCUUCAACAAUGUCGACCGAAAAGGAAAGAGAGACUCAGGUUUAUCUUGCUAAGCUUUCUGAACAAGCUGAACGCUAUGAAGAAAUGGUUGAGUGCAUGAAAUCAGUAGCAAAAUUAGAUGUUGAGUUGACUGUGGAAGAGAGGAACCUCCUUUCUGUGGGUUACAAGAAUGUCAUUGGUGCUCGGAGGGCCUCUUGGCGUAUAAUGUCUUCAAUUGAGCAGAAGGAAGAAUCUAAAGGAAAUGAGAACAAUGUCAAGCUCAUUAAGGGUUAUCGUCAGAAGGUUGAAGAUGAGCUAACUAAAAUAUGCCAAGACAUCUUGGCUAUUAUAGAUGCACAUCUAGUUCCUCAUUCCGGCAGUGGAGAAGCUACUGUAUUCUACUACAAGAUGAAAGGUGACUACUUCCGCUAUCUAGCUGAGUUUAAGUCCGAUCAGGAAAGGAAGGAUGCUGCAGAGCAGUCACUUAAUGGCUACGAGGCGGCCUCUGCCACAGCAAAUACAGAUCUGCCUUCUACCCAUCCCAUUCGUCUUGGUCUUGCUUUGAACUUCUCUGUCUUCUACUAUGAGAUUAUGAACUCUCCAGAAAGGGCGUGCCAUUUGGCCAAGCAAGCAUUUGAUGAAGCCAUUGCAGAAUUGGACACAUUGAGUGAGGAGUCAUACAAGGAUAGCACCCUAAUCAUGCAGCUAUUGAGAGACAAUCUCACUCUUUGGACUUCUGAUAUACCUGAAGAAGGAGGUGAAGAAAAUUCCAAGGCAGAGGAAACAAAACCUGCUGAUGCAGAAUGAUGUCUUAUACAACCGCGUCAUUAUAACAAGAAGCUGCCAUAAGAGAUAGCUCGGAUCCCUUAAUAUCUUCCCGAAAAGCAAUUGUACUGGGGAGCAUAUAAAUUAUUGUUGCUGAAAUUUUGUGCUAUAAUAGCUAGUAGAGAAUCAGUUAAAUGUUCUCUUAUCAGCUUUUAUUGUAGAUUGUUCGUUGCACUUUCUUUAGAUUGUGGUGUAGUAUCCAAACAAUCUUUUCAUUUUUUGUUCUUAUAUGCAAUUGUAAGCUCUUUUAUAUUGCAAUUGCGAUGUUUCUUUAGUCUUAAUAUCGAAAAUUCUGAUUGUGUUA